CAAUCGUCAAGCCUGUAUCAAAAAAUGGGUCGUUUCAUCGAAUAUUCCGUUGUCGGUCGCAAGCUUCCCACCGAUGCGGAUCCUAACCCCAAACUCUACCGCAUGCGAAUCUUUGCCCCUAACGAGGUGGUCGCAAAAUCUCGAUUCUGGUAUUACCUCCGUCAAUUGAAAAAAGCCAAGAAGGCUUCUGGAGAGAUUGUCGGUGUCAACGUGAUUCACGAGAAAAAACCUUUGAAAGUGAAGAACUUCGCGAUCUGGAUCAAGUAUGACUCUCGGUCCGGAACCCACAACAUGGUGAAAGAGUUCCGAGCUUUGUCCCGUGCCGAAGCUGUCGAAGCUAUGUACCAAGACAUGGCAGCCCGCCACCGUGCCCGAUUCAGAAGCGUUCAAAUCCUCCGAGUUGCCGAGGUCGAGAAGAAGGACGACAUCAGAAGGCCCUACAUCAAACAACUCCUCGAGCCCGGUCUUAGAUUCCCCCUUCCUCACCGCAACACCAAGAGCAAGGCUUGGUUCGCUGCUUCCAGACCCUCCACCUGGGCUUAAAUAUGGUGCCAUAGUGAUACUGUAUACGAGAACUGGUCUCAGCAUGCACCUGUGCAUCAUGGCGGCGCUUGGCUCGUUCAAUGCUCUCUCACUGCCGCAAAAAGAUUCAGUAAAUGCAAGAUUUUGUGCAUG